AUGAAAAUUGGACAAGACAGUAACGAGACAAGUGACGGAAUUUAUGAGGAAUUGAAUACUACAAUUUCUCGCUGCCAAAAAGUGCAUUUGCAUAUGAGAGAAUUCUGUUCCAUAGUUCGUUUCAGUGCAUUAUUACAUGUUGGUUGUUAUUCUGGCUCACUCAUAACAAUUGUUUAUAACAUCGCCAUGAUAUUUGUAACUUAUCCUCUUAAUUAUAUUGGCCUAUUGCAAUUCAUUGUAUCAUACAUCUGCGCCGCUGGACAGUUAUUCAAUUACCUAUACUUUUCGGACCUUAUGAACGAGGCGAGAGAUGGUUUAAACUUUGGAUUAUACAGUUGUAACUGGACGGCAAUGGAUAUGCGAUUUAGAAAAUUACUGCUGUUAGCGAUGGCGAUGAACAAUGCGAAUCAGUUGAAAAUUAGAGCUACACCUACAAAAGUAAUCGAUUUAAAGUUAUUUUUGAGUGUUUUACAAACAUCAUAUUCAGUAGCAAAUAUUAUGGUGAACAUGAAGUUAUCGAAUACGGAUUAACAAACGUGCGUUUUUGAAAUCGAAGAUCGGCUGAUAAAAACAAAUCACAAAUACACAGCUAGGUGUUUGGAAAUCACAUAAUUUUAGUUAUAAAACAAAAAUCACGUUAUAAAUGUUUUAAUCAGUUAAU